UUUCUACUUCGCAUGGGCUCAUUCCGACUGCCUGGCUGCAACUGCCUGCAAGCUAAAGGUGUCUCUGAGGAGAAAUAUCCCCAGCAGUCAUCUCUAGCUCAGUGCAAUCAAUAGUCUCUGACCGAGACAGUCCGGACACGUGGACUGUGAUUGGCCAUUAAUUAGAAACAACAAGAUGAGACCAAUCACAGAUCCACCUGUUGCAUUCCACAGCAGCAGAUAAGAAUUGUUUGCAUUUUGUUCUUGAAGCCUCUCAGCUUCUCAGGAGGGAAAAAUCCUAAGGAAAGGAUUUUUCAUAGAACAUGUUGGUGACAGAUGGGAAUGAUAGUGGGGCCCUGGAAAAAAUGUCAAGAUAGACUCUGAAAUGUUAAGCUUUGCUUUGCACCUACAUGGGACCCUGCGAGCGCUGCUGAGUGAGUUCAUGACUCGAUCACGCUCCAGCCGGCACCGAGGAAUUCUCGGGGAGCCCAUCGGCUGUGACCGCCUCUGCUGCUCACAACGUCCCCAGGAGAGAGAAAGUAGGAAACUGUUUGCCUUUGAGUGGGAAAACCCAGGGAACGGAAGAAAGACCCAGCUCACCUAGACACGACUUCCACAAGGGACAAGAACUCGCCGACCCUAUUCGGAAACCAACUGGCAAAGGAGCUGGAGAUUUGGACCGAAAAUGGGCAAGUACCAAGAGACCAAUACCUAUUGUUGCAGUAUGUUGAUGAUAUACUAAUAGCUACAGAAGAAAAAGCAACCUGUAUAAAGGUAACCAUUGAGAUUUUAAAUUCACCGGGAAUGGGAGGUUACAAAGUAUCCAGAGGAAAGGCACAAAUUGCCCAACAGACUGUGAUUUACCUGGGAUGAGAGAUUUCACAAGGGCAACGAAAACUAGGUACUAACCGUAUCCAAGCUAUCUGUGCUAUUCCAGAGCCCCAGAACUUACAUGAGCUGCGAGUCUUCCUCGGGAUGGCAGGUUGGUGUUGCUUGUGGAUCAUGGACUAUGGACUGAUUGUGAAACCCCUGUAUGAAGCUCAGAAGACACAACCAUUCACCUGGGGCAAGCCACAGAAAGAAGCCUUCCUAAAACUAAAGGAAGCACUGACAACUGCUCCAGCAUUAGGGUUACCUGAUCUGUCUAAAGAUUUUCAGCUGUUUGUACAUGAAAGUCUACGCCUAGCACUAGGAGUCCUGACCCAACGUCUGAGAAGCUGGAAAAGGCCAGUGGGCUACUUUUCCAACCAACUUGACAACAUAAGUGCCGGAUGGUCUCCAUGUCUGCGAGCAGUCGCAGCCACUGUGAUGCUGAUACAAGAAUCCAGGAAGCUUACUAUGGGAAGACACAUAGAAGUCUAUGUACCACACAUGGUAACCACUGUCUUAGGAGAGAAGGGGGGCAAUUGGCUAUCUCCAAGCAGGAUGAUAAAAUUCCAGGUAGUCCUGACUGAGCAGGAUGAUGUCACAUUAAAAACAACUAACCUUUUGAAUCCAGAUUUGUUCCUAGGUACCACAACUGAAGAAGGCCCAUUAGAGCAUGACUGUGUAGAGGUGAUAGAGUACACCUAUUCAGCAAGAGAAGACUUGAAAGACGUCCCGCUAGAGCAGCCGGAGUGAGAGCUAUUUACAGAUGGGAGCAGCUUCAUGGAAAACGGAACCAGAUACGCUGGAUAUGCGGUAACAACAGUCAGUACAGUAGUGGAGGCAAAGGCAUUACCACCAAAUACAUCUGCCCAGAACGCAGAACUGGUUGCUUUAACCAGGGCACUAGAAUUAAGUGAAGGGAAAAAGGUCAGUACAUGGGCUGACUCAAAAUAUGCUUUUGGAGUGGUGCAUGUACACGGAGCACUGUGGAAAGAAAGAGGAUUAUUGUCUUCUCGAGGUACGCACAUUAAACACCAAGAUGCAGUCCUGCAAUUGAUAAAAGCAGUACAAAAACCUGAACAAGUGGCAAUUAUACACUGUAAAGCACACCAAUCAGGAAACUCCAAAAUCUGUGAAAGAAAUCGAAAGGCAGACUGGGCAGCCCGACAGGUUGCUCGAGAGGUGCAAACAACAGUGGCAUUGAUACCUUCAAAGCUCAAUGUAUCCCAAUUCAAUUUGCCUCCAGAAACAAAAUAUUCAGUAGAAGAUGAGAGACUGGCACGUUUACUAAAUGCACAAAAGAAUUCGGAAGGAUGGCAUGUGACUGCACAAGGACAGAUAGUGGUACCCCCCUUGAUAAUGAGAGAAGUUCUACAAAUUAAACAUAACAAAUGUCAUUGGGGUGCAGAGGCAUUGGUAAAAUUGCUUAAGCAGAGUUUAAUUUCAGUACGGAUGUUAACAAUGGCAAAACCAGUCAUGUCAAAAUGUGAUAUCUGCUUGAAAAACAACCCAGUGGCUAGGCGACAGUCACAGCUAGGAAGAAUUCGGAUAGGAAUAGAGCCAGGAGACUAUUGGCAGGUAGAUUUUGUAGAAUUGCCAAGAACUCGAGGAUACAAAUACCUGUUAGUGCGGGUUGACACAUUUUCUGGAUGGCCAGAAGCCCUUCCCUGUUGCACAAACCAAGCAAAGGAAACAGUUAAGUAGGUACUACAAGAAAUUAUUCCCAGGUUCGGGGUACCCCUAGGGGUAUCAUCAGAUAGGGGGCCCCAUUUCAUAGCUACAGUAGUAAAAGAGCUAAGUAGAUUGCUGGGGAUAACUUGGGACCUCCAUACACCGUGGAGACCCCAGUCAAGUGGACAGGUAGAGAGGAUGAAUCAGACACUAAAGAGGCAAAUCAGUAAAAUAUGCCAAGAAGCCAAACUGCAGUGGCCCCAUGCUUUGCCAAUAGCACUGUUGAGGAUUAGGAUAAAACCUAGGAGCGGGAUGUCAGUCAGUCCUUAUGAGAUAUUUUAUGGGAAACCAUCUGAAUCUCCUGAGCCUAACUCUAAUGUACACAUCACAGGAAAGCAGGAAGUGUAUAAUUAUGUUCUGUCUCUCGGGAAAACUUUAGCGUGGCUCCAGAGCAUCCUCAUGUGGAAUAGACCAAUAACUCUUGAGAAUGCAGUUCAUAACAUACAUCCAGGAGACGAGGUGUACAUUAAAAACUGGAACAAAGAACCGCUGAAAGAAAAGUGGAGUGGACCCUAUCAGGUACUGCUGACCACCUUUACAGCAGUCAAAAUAGCCGGCGUGGACCCCUGAAUUCACUGUACCCGAGUGAAGAAAGUCCAUCCUGGAUCACAGACUGUGUAAACUGUGGAACCGAGACUGCAGAUAUAAUGUGUUUAAUUACUUUGAGAAUGUUAUUAGUAAUUGUGCUAAUGUUAUGGUCAUUACUGUCUUUGGGAUGUGGAAUGCAAAAAGAUCAACUAACCACUCUUCAUUCUAGAAUGAAGAGAGAGGCAGAAACACAAGUGAUAAAAAUUUCUAAUGCAGUUUGGGCUAAGAAUGUAAUGAUUAGAUUAGUCAAGGAUUUUGCCAAAAUACAAAACACCAGUAGAAUAACUGCCUGUCUGCCAAUACCAAAGGCAGCAGGAGACCCAGUAAAUUAGAGAAUCAUAACAUCAAAACUACCUGAAAUACAAAAGAACAAAACAAUUACAUGCAAACAGGUACCCGAGUCGAGGCAAGUAGUCAAGGAAACUUGGGAGAAAAUAAGAACAUGGAUGAGACCUAUGAGCCAGAAAGACUGUAUUUUAAGUGAUGGCAUAUUAGGAACCCCUAUGGGACAGUCGGGAGGCAUCACACAAUGGCAAUGCUAUUUGCCACACUAUAAAAAGAUCAUAGAAAAUGUUACAGAAACCACUCUGGUAUGGAAGUGUGAGGCCGAGGAUCAGAAAGAUCAGACAGAGCCUUGGGACAGUGCGUGGUCUGUGAGUAUACUUCAAAAAUUCCAAUAUAUGGCAAACACCCCUUGGUGUAUUAAGUGGGAAGGUUCUGAGAAUGAAACAGAUCCAGCAGUAACGUACACUGCCACUAGUAGCAGAACGUGGGCAGACAAAGUAAGUUGGUGGGCCUGCAAUAAAACUUAUGACUGCACUUCUGAUAAUGCAGAGAUAAAACAGAUGCCACCCCUGGCAAUAGCCUACAGAUUGGUUGUGCUUGCAGAGGGAUCAAACAUUAACAAGGCAAAAUGAAUUAUAAAGUAGUUGUAGAUUGCACCAGGAGUACAAACCAAAGUCCAGGACAAUUUGUAUGGGCAACAAGCGAUGGUACCUGGACAACACAUCUGCCUGUAGAUGGGAAAGAAAAGGAAAUUACUUUGGGCCUCCCAAGCUUAUGUCCAAUUUGGAAAAAGUCCCCACUUAAUGCAAAACAUGAACUUCUGCAGAUAAGAACAAGAUGAGAAGUUCUAGAUAAUGAAAAUCCAGAUGACACUUGGCAAGAACCCUCUAGUAGAGUGAAAUUUGAGUGGGCCCUAGAGUCUUUGCUUGGUCCUACAGCAAACUAUCAGAGUAGAGAGAUGCUGUACAAACUUACUGGUCAUGUAGAUAGACCGGCAAGAGUCACCCGGGAAGGAUUUAAAGAAUUAAACGUACAAUUACAAGCCACCACAAAAAUGACUUUAAAAAAUCGAUUAGCCUUAGAUUUGUUACUCCUGAAGGAGCAUGGACUAUGUGGAUUUUAAAAGGGACGAGUUGAUCAUUGCUGCGUUCAUAUCCCAAAUGUAGCUGCAGAUGUAGAAUAUGACAUCAAUCAGUUGAAACAAA